AUGGCAUUUCAUGAUGUGCGAAAUGUUGUGGCGGGACCUUUUGAGCAGACUGGGCCUGAGGUGGACCAAAACCUGGAGGAUGUCCUAGACUGGUUAAAAAGGGCAGAGAAAGAACUGGAAGAAACCCAGUGUCUGGAAGCUGAAAUAGAACGUAUGAAGUGUUUCAAUUGGUGUCCAAGUUGGGGUUGGCGAUAUUGCUUACGUAAGAAAGUGGCAAAGAAGACGAUCUCUAUCGAUAAACUACUUGUGAGUUGUAACUUUCCACGGGUGGGGCACCGUGCUCCUCUAGAAGGAAUAGAAUUCUUCACCUCUAAAGAUUUCAUGCCUAAUGAGUCUUCAAAUUUUACUUUCAAUGAGAUCAUCAAGGCUCUAAACACUGAUGGUGUGAACAUGAUUGGAUUGUAUGGAAUGCCAGGGGUAGGCAAAACAACUUUGGCAAAAGAAGCUGGGAAGCAUGCUAAAGAGCAAAAGCUCUUUGACAAAGUUGUGAUGGCUACAAUGUCCCAAGCGCCAAACCUCAGCAAAAUUCAAGAUAAAAUUGCAGAAUUAUUAGGUUUGAAAUUUGAAGCAAGCACGAAAGAAGGAAAAGCAGAAGAGUUACAGCGGAGAUUCGUGGGCUUUUUACUUGACAUCUUAUCCGAAGGUGAAGCAUGGGCUUUGUUCAAAGAUACUGUUGGUCUAAAAGAUGUUUCUUUGAGAUUGAAUGAUGUAGCCAAGGAGGUUGCUAGUGAAUGCAAUGCAAUUGCAACAAUCGGAAAAGAAUUAAAAGGUGCAAGUCUAGAUGGGUGGAAAGCAGCAAAUAAGCGACUCAAGGACUCAAGACAUUUAGACAAUGAAGAGGUUUCUCAAGGUAUCUACAACUGCCUUAAGCUGAGUUAUGAUUAUUUGAAGGGAGAUAAUAUUCGAACAUGUUUCUUGCUAUGUUCCCUUUUUCCAGAAGAUUGGGAUAUUGAUAUUGAGUCGUUGGUUAUGUUUGCAAUUGGUCAUGGAUUAUUUUCUCAUAUUUACUUAAUUGAAGACUUGCGGAGAGAAAUUCGUGAAGCACUAAGAAAACUCCAAGAGGCUGGUUUGUUAUUAAGAACUGAUAAUGAUGAUGAUGAAAGAUAUGUAAGCAUGCAUGACGUGGUUCGUGAUUUUGCUCAUUGGAUAACAUCUACGGGGAAAAAUAUAUUCAUGGUAAAAGAGGGGUUGAUGGAAUGGCCUAUAAGUGAAAGAUGUGAAUCCCAUACAGCAAUCUCCUUUUGGAACAGCAAAAUAAAUAUUUUUCCUGAAAAGUUAGAAUUUCCAGAACUCAAAAUUUUGAUUUUUACAGGAAAGACUUUGGUGGAAGCCGCGAUUGCAUUUGUUGAAGGAAUGAAAGCCCUCCGAGUUUUGCAUCUCCAAGAUGUCAUUUUCUCACUAGAAGUACUUAAAUUCGUAACAAAUCUUCGAACUCUGUGUCUAGUAAAUUGUGAGUUGGAGAACAUCUCAUCGUUGGGAAAUUUGAAAAACCUUGAGAUUCUUGCAUUUUCUGAUACUAAUAUUUAUGAGCUACCCGAAGAAUUAGUGGCAUUGCGAACAGAUCAAUUUUCCCCCUAAUUUACUAUCAAGGUUGACAUCACUCCAACAGCUACACGUGACUUGUGAAAACAAUGUUAAUUUAUCAGAGUUGAAUUCAUUGUCUCGAUUGACUGCGCUAUCACUGAGAGUUUCUACUGCUCAAUGUUUUCCAGAAAACUUUGUGUUCCCUAAAUUACAAAGCUACAUUAUAGCUAUAAAUGAAGAUCUUCAAUUUAUGCCGGAGCUAAAAUUGAGAACCUUGAACAUCGGACGUUUCUCAUUUCAUUUAGUGCAUUCAAGGAGUUGUUUUGCAAUGUGGAAAAGUUGAAUCUGGAGGAUGUCAAGGGACACAAAAAUAUUGUCCCAAACGUAGAUCCAAAGGGCCUAAAUGAAUUAACUUCUCUUGAGCUUGGAGAUUGCGAUGAUAUGGAAUGCUUGAUGGAUACAACAGGAGAGAAAGAAAGAACCACUGCAUUCUCUAAUUUGGUGAAAUUAAGAAUGGAGGACAUGACUUGUUUGAAAGGAUUGUGCCAUGGUCCGCCUCCGAUUAGCUUCUUAUAAAAGUUAAAAGAUGUGACCAUUGGAGAUUGUAAGCGGUUGAAAGUGGUAUUUGAAAUGGAUGUGCUUCUUGAAAAGGAAAAAAUUAGUCAGAUGCCACUACUCUCAAAUCUAACAAGCUUGUAUCUAUACCUUUUACCAGAAUUGGAGAGUAUUGGAAAUUACAAUCAACCCAUCAAUAUCAUGCAAGCCUCCAAAGUCUAAAGGUUGUAAACAUUUGGAACUGCGGUGAAUUGAAAGCCAUCUUCCCGCCUUGCCUUGCUCAAAGUUUGUUGCAUCUACAAGAACUCUCCAUACAUUUCUGUAAUGGAUUAGUGCAAAUCAUUGAUUUUCCCCAUGAAAUGGGUGAGCUUGAGGUACCUAUUCUCUUUCCAUUUCUCCUUUAAUGAAUAAUGAGAAAUUACUAAACUUUAUAUAUUGAUCAUAUAAUUAACUUCUGUUGAAGUUUAAAAGAAAUAAAGUUUAAUUAAAUUAUAUUAGUAACUAAACUAAAUUUAUACUUAUUACAUGGCUUACAAGUUAGUAACUAAACUAAAUUUGUACUUAUUACGUGGCUUGCAAGUUGAGAAAGCUAACACUAUAUACCAUGUCAUGUCUUAACUAUAUUAUUUGUCACUAUUCAUGCUUUCUAGGUUCUAGUUAUAUUCAACUUAAUUUGGAUUGUUUAAAUUUCUACAAUAAUAAAUUUUUAGUGAAUUUUCAGCUAAACACCAAAAAUUUUGUUACUAAUUAUUUAUUUUUUGAUCGAAAAAGUAAGGGUCAA